AUGAACGAAAAGAGGUCACUGACCCUUUCUUUCUUCUGCAGGGUUUUAGAGAGUUUAAGGUCGUCUCACUCUCCGGGUUUCAUUCGUUUAAAUCACGUCGUCAACACACCUACUUGGAUUAUCCUUUCCACUUAUGGAUUUUAUAUUAUCUAUCUAUCUAUCUAUCUAUCUAUCUAUCUAUCUAUAAAGAGAGAUAGAGAUAGAGGGAGGAUCAGCAGGCAGGCAGACACAGAUAUAAUUACUUCUACUAUAUACUCUUUGUUAUUCUUAUCUAUCUAUCUAUCUAUCUAUCUAUCUAUCUAUCUAUCUACAAUCAUAUUUUUACGGCAUUCGAUAGUGCUGGCUUUCUCUCUUUUAAUUAACCUUUUCUUUCGUUUCUCACUCUAUCACUCUCAGCCUUCUCUCUCUCUCUCUCCCUCUCUUCUAGUUUCUUUUCAUUUUCUCUCUUUGUUUCAAUCUCUUUUUCUCUUUUCCAAUUUCUUUCCUUUCAUCUUCGUAUAUUUUCGCUCGAUUCACUCCUUAUUUUCCUUUUCAUUUAUAUCCUCUUUUCUCUCUCUGUCACCCGUUUUCCAUUUCUCUUUCUCGAUUUUCUAUUUUUCCUCUUCUUUUAUUUAUUUCUCUCCCUCUCCCUCUCCCUCUCCCUCUUUCAUCUUUUCCCUUCCUCGCAUUCUAUUCGUUUCUUUUUUCUCUCUCUCUCUCUCUCUCUCUCUCUCUCUCUCUCUCUCUCUCUCAUUUUCAUUCAAGCAUUUUCUCUUUUUCUCUCCUAACCUAUUUUCUUCUUCCUAUUUAUUUCUGUUUCAUUCUUUGUUCUUCAUUUUACUCGAAUUUUUCUUCUCUCUUUCCGUCUCCUUGUCUCUUUCCGCUUUUCUUUUUUCACUCUCUUUCAAUCUCUUUUUCUCUUUCUUCGUCUCGGCAUUUUCCUCUAAGAAUGAUUUCCUUUUUUUUCUAUUACGAUCUUUCUCUCUGUAUUUUCUCUUCUACUCUACCGUUACCUCUCUCUUUCUUUCUCUCAGUUUUAGUCUUUUUCCCUCUUCUCUUGUUAUCACUUUCUCUCCUUCUUUAUUUUCCUCUAUCUCUCUUUCACUUUCAGUAGUUAUCUACUGA